AUGGGAACUAGAAAUUCGAAAAACCAAACUAAUGUGAAUUUAUCCGACAAAGAUUUUGAAAAAUUGAAAAAAAUUACUGAUAAAAAUGAUGAGGAUAUUGAACAAUGGUUCGAUAAAUUUCGACAAACUUAUUCGGAUGGUUACCUUGAUAAAAAAGGAUUAUCUCAAAUGAUAAAAGAACUCCAUCAUACAAAUUAUAUAAUCGACGAAAACAAUGAAAAAUAUUUUGAUUAUAUUGCAGAGCGGAUAUUUUCAAUAUUUGAUAAAAAUCACGAUGGUAAAAUAGAAUUAACGACAUUUAUUAAUGAUUAUAUCGCUAAGAUCGAAGGUAACAAUGAAAACAAAUUAAAUUAUUCAUUCGAAAUUUAUGACCACAACAAAGAUAAUUUUAUUGAUAUUAAUGAAUUAAAAACAGUUUUACGUUGGCUAUUUUGCAUUUUGAAUAUAAGCGAAGUAGAGCUUGAAGCACAAGUUAUCACAAUUAUGACGAUGUUUGAUAAAGAUAAUGAUGAAAAAUUAUCACGUCAAGAAUGGACUGAUGGUUGUUCACGGGAUGUCGUCUUGGCAAAAUUACUGGAUCCAUUCCUUCUAACGAAAUAG